AUGUCGACCGAAGCCCAACCAACCUCCAUCCACGACGUAAUAAUCAUAGGUGCAGGGCCCUGUGGCCUCGCCGUCGCCGCACGCCUAGGCGAAGAAACUCCCUCGGCAGUCUUCACCGACGAAGAACACCAACGCUACCACUGGAUCAAGAAACAUACCGGCCGAAUGAACCUCGUACAAGCCCGAAACAGCAAGAUCAACGGGGUCCGAGCGAACAAGUGGAACAGUGAGACGAUGUGUCCCUGCGAUAGCAAAGACAAAGACCAAGAUCGACAACGGCGGGCGUCUACAGAAUCUGUAUCAUCUGUUCCAUCACUUUCUGCGUCAUCAACCACAUCGACCUCAUCGUCCAUGUCGACCUUGGUACUUGACGGAUCCGGCAAUAAAUGGAUGCAAAGAUGGAACAAUGCUUUCAAGACGUUGGAGAUAAAGCAGCUUCGCAGUCCGAUGUUCUUCCACGUUGAUCCCGGUGAUCGAGAUGGAAUGCUGGCUUAUACGCAGGAGACUGGGCGUGAGGGGGACUUAUGGGAGAUUCCUAAUUGUGUUGGGAAGGAGAUGAGCAAGCAUAAGAAGAAGAAGAGAAGACAGGGAGGAAAGUCUCAGCCAAUUGGAGGCGAGAUUGAUGAGCGAGAUCGCAAAGACUACUUCUCUCCUUCUACGGAUCUAUUCGCCGAUUACUGUGAUUCAAUCAUCGACCGGUAUAGACUCAAUGAGCCCGGACAGAUCUUGCAGCGCGAAGCUACGAGUCUUUCUUAUGACUAUGUAUCCGAUAGCCCCGAGAAGAUUUUUACAAUUUCCACAUCAAGCGGAGAAAAGUUUUAUAGUCGCGCGGUUGUACUUGCCAUUGGCCCUGGCGGUGCAGGUGUUUCAAAGAUAUAUCCAUGGAAGCCAGCAAGUGAGCAAGAGGGUGCUGCUGCAUGUUGCCACAGCAUGGAAAUCAAGACUUUCCCCAGUCCCAAUGUCCAGGACAAGAUCCAGCGUCGACAAGAGACGAAUGUUGUGGUUGUCGGCGGUGGGCUUUCUUCAGCUCAGAUUGUGGAUAUGGCUGUUCGCAAAGGAGUCACCAAGGUGUGGUUUAUCAUGAGAUCCGGGAUGAAGGUCAAACACUUUGAUAUCAGUUUGCCAUGGAUGGGCAAGUACAAGAACUGGGAGAAAGCAGCCUUCUGGUCUGCCGAUACCGAUGAAGAACGCCUGGAAAUGCUACAAACCGCCCGCAAUGGAGGCAGCAUGACACCACGCUACACCAAAAUCGUAAAACAACACGCAGCCAAGCACCGCGCCUCUCUACACCCAAACACAGAAAUUGUAUCCCACGACUACAAUCCCACUACCAAGACCUGGUCUCUCGGAACCUCCCCACCAAUCCCGAACCUCCCCCCAAUAGACUACAUUUACUUCGCAACAGGCGCGCGCACCGACGUGCGUGAGAUGCCCCUCCUACGCGAAAUGAACGAACAAUACCCAAUCGAAGUCAAAUCCGGCUUCCCCUGUCUGACAAACGACCUCUCAUGGCGCGACGAUGUGCCACUAUUCAUGACAGGACGAAUGGCAUCACUCCGACUGGGACCAGCGGCACCGAAUCUCGAAGGCGCGCGAGUGGGCGCGGAACGCGUGACGUGGGGUAUUGAGGAAGUCCUGCAUAAAGGGCGGGAUGUUGGGGAACAGUGUGAGGGGUUUUGUGGGCUUGGCAACCGGUAUGCGUCGCUGCUCGAUAGUGAUGAAUGA